AUGUCAAACCCAUACUCUUAUCCCGACUCGGGCUUGCCCACCGGCCUGCCGGGCUUCUCGCCACGACGGCCCUCCUACGCCUCGGCUGCAGGUAGCCCCGGUGGCUACGGCCGCUCCGGCGCCACCUUCCAACAGCUACUCAACACCACCAAUGCCGACGGCUCCGAGAGCAAUGGCGCGAACUUCCACACGAGCAUACGGCCACCUUAUGGCAGCCACAGCAGCAGCAGCGCCAACCUGACCGGCAGCAACGACGACGACGCGGAUCCCAUGUGGUCCGGCCUGAACACGAACGUUCCCGACAGCGCCCUAAUGCGUCUGCUCGGCUCGCGAGGCCAGCUGCCCUCGUUCUCGCGUGCGUUUGAGCCCUUCUUGCGAGGCCCCUCCUACACGGAUGCCCCGGGCACGACGAUCGUUCCCAACAACAACGCGGGCUUCUUCACGCCUUCCUACCUCCGCGAAUCGGUGUACGUCCAGCGCCUCGAGGAGCAGUACAAAGCCAAGGUGCAGGCCGCACGCGAGAGCCAGCAGCUCCACGCACGCCAGCCAGCAGCGGCCCAACCAGGUGCAGGGGCAUCCAGCAGUGGUGGCAUGAUGCUGGGAGCAGGCAACCUGGGUGGACUGCACGGCCGGCAUAGCAGCUCGCUGUUGGGUGGCGGCGGCAGCGGCGGACUCGACGGCCUCAGCACCUAUGCCAGCCUGACCAGCAUCAGCAUCAACAACGGCCCCGGCGGCCUCGGCAACGGCAAGAUUGGUGGCCCCGGGUCGCACCGUGGUCUGGCAUUCGAUGUGGUCGAGAAAGGUCUGGGCGGCGGAAGCGGCAGCGGUAUUGGCAUUGGCGGCAGCAGUGGCAGCGGCGGCGGCGGCGGCGGCGGCGGCCUGGCGGACGACGAGGAGCCCAUGGCACCCCUGCCGUCACGCUGGGACAAGGACGACAAGGCGUCGUCGCUGGACGUGUUGUCGGACGGCCUCGACGUCAAGUUCGCCGGGUCCCGGUCCGCAAGCGACCACAACCAGCACGCUCAAGAGGCCGGCUCCGUGCGCGCCGACCACUACAUGCCGCCACAGUGCGGCAUCUACUACUACGAGGUGACGAUUCUCUCCAAGAAGCGGGAAGAGUCGACCAUUGGCAUCGGCUUCUCCGAAGCAUCAGCCAAGCUGUCGCGUCCGCCUGGCUGGGAGCCCGGCUCGUGGGGCUAUCACAGCGAUGAUGGCAACGUCUUCACUGACCAUGGCUCCGGCAAGAAGUACGGCCCUUCGUUUGGCCCAGGUGAUAUUGUGGGCUGUGGCGUCAACUUUCGGACGGGCACCGCCUUCUUCACCAAGAACGGCGAAGAUUUGGGCGUUGCGUUCAAGGACAUCAAAAGCUCCAGCCUAAAGCUCUUUCCCUCCGUUGGAAUGAAGAAGCUGGGCGAGCACAUUCGCGUCAAUUUUGGGCAGGUGCCUUUCACUUUUGAUAUCGACGGUGUCAUGAAGGUCCUGCAAUUUUUGCAACAGGACGGCUAUGUCGACACCGCCCGCGCCUUUGCGAAGGAAAUCGAGGCCGAGAAAGAGGCCCUAAACAUCGACUCGAAGCACCCCGUGCGGGGAUACAACAUUGCCGACGACGAGGAUGCCAACAAGAGGCAGCGCAUCCGCCGCGCUGUGCUCGAAGGCGACAUUGACCGGGCGCUCGAGUUGACUAAGGCAGACUACCCGACCGUGCUGCACCAAAACGAGACUGUUCAUUUCCACCUGAAGUGCCGCAAGUUCGUCGAAAUGAUCCGCAAAGAAGCCGAGCUGAACAUUGUUGGCAGCGGCCAUGGGUCCAGCAAUGCCAAUGGUAGCACAAAUGGUGCCGACCCAAGCCAGGCCGGCGGCGAUGCUGCGAGACAGGCCAACGGCCACAACCCGCAGAUGGAUGUCGACGACGUCAUGAUGGUCGAGGACAGCGGUACGGCGGAGAGCCAGCCAGCGGACCAGCCGGUGAGCCAGGCGCUGGUGCAAAACGCAGUCAGAUACGGCCAGUAUCUGCAGAUUGAGUUUAACAGCGACAUGCGGCCGAAGAUUCAAAACGCACUGAACGAGAUAUUCUCUCUAUUGGCAUAUCCGAACCCGCUCAAGCAGCCGGAAGUGGCGCAUUUGCUGGACCAGCGAGGACGGGUGGCAGUUGCCGAAGAGCUCAACUCGGCCAUUUUGUUAUCCACCGGAAAGUCGUCGCGCUCGGCGCUGGAGAACCUGCACGCGCAAACCAAUGUGCUCCUCGAAGACCUGCGGCAGAACGGCGGGCCGGGCUCGUUUGUGACGAUACAGGGCGUGUUGGACGGCAUCCCACAGCCCUAUACGCCAUAA